AUGAGGUUAAAUGAGGAGAAAGACAAAUCUGUUGAGGAGGAAGAGCUGGAUACUCCUCAGAGUGGCCUAGCAAGCCAUCGGUCAAGCGACGACACAAAAGGUGAAGGUAAAGAGAGCGAACCCACUGUCAAAGAGGAUCAUCGAACAUUGAAUCACCAAGUGAAUCAGUAUCUUCAUAACAUUCAGCAAUACACUGCUGAAGAUGUAGGUGGAGCUCCAGAAUAUGGAGUCAUUGACCUUUCGACUCUGAAUGGGGAAUUUCAGAUUGAUCCUUCGUUGACAGAAUCGGAAUUGGUCACCAACGGUGGUCGGAAUGGAGAUAAUUUAUCGAUGGCAGAGGCUGCAGUUACCGUAUAUCAACGACAGAAGCAGGACAAAGCCAAAAAAGGAGAGAUAUCACCUAAGCAGUCUCAAUCGGUGAACAGAAAGAAGUUGAAAGCUAAGAAUGAAACUCACAAUAACUCGUCUAAGAUAUUUCAAGAAUCUGCUUCCGAUUCGUAUCAGAAUAGAGAACUUCAGUCACAUGGAGAUAGCGAGUUGACGGCGGAGGAAAAAGCCACCUUACUGAGUGUACCACCAGGAGUUGAUCCCAAGAAGAUGUGCCGUUUCUGUGGACGAACAUUCGCUCACCCGGGAUCGCUUGGAAGGCACCUUGAUCUUCAUAAGGGUGCUCCCAUGCAUCCAUCUUCCAUUAUUGGCAAAAUAAGGUCCAAUGUAGCAAGAAGAGGUAAUCCAGAGGCUGUUAAAGCUCGACGAAAACUGAGAGCCAGGGCAUACAAUAGACGAGAAUACGUUAUGGCCAAGAACAGACAGAGACGGAAAGUUACCAGUAAGAUAUACAGAGUGAGAGAGAACACUCAGAUGAAGUUCUACAAAUCCCUAAACACCCCUUCAUUGGGAGACUCUGCCUCGUUUCCCAGGAUUAUCUUCUUCUUUCUACCUCCGUCAUUCUGGCCACACUAUCCACCAACAUCAGAAUCGUAUCAGAUGAUAAUGUCAUGGAUCGAAAAGAGCCAGAACAUUAAAGAGAAAGUGCGUUUACUGGACAGCUCUCGGACCACUAUAGACUCCUAUAUAGGGCUGUUAGAACGGGCAUAUAAUCUAUGGCAGAUGAUGCCGGACGAUGCUAAACUGUCUUUAUGGUACCAGGAAUUGGCACAGUGUGCACAAGAUGCUCUAGGUUCCCAGACUCUCUUUGACUUUGCUACGAGAGAAGCUUACGCUACAAUGUUAUCCGAUGAGAAGAAAGCAGAGCUGUUGGCAGAAAAGACUCACGCAAAUGAUACGAACCUCUAUCCUUCAUCGUCAGAAUACGACAACGAAUCAGACAGAGCCGACGAAGAGAACAGGGCUAAAAGCCUGACUCAACUUGAAGAAGAGGAAUUAGCUGCCGUUGCAGCAGCAGCAGAAGCUGCCGUGAAAAGACGUUAUGAGGACAAUCAUAUGUGA